ACUCCACAGUCUCGCUACUCUCUCUGUACUCCAAACUCUACACCAGAUUCACGCUUCUCUCUAGUCUCUUCCAAUGGCGCCAUCUUACAUACCUAACGGCAACCUCUCCGCCGGUGGUUCAGUCACCGGCCGCUUUGCCAAUGUCUACAGUGAGGUUCAGAGCAGCCGCGUUCACCACUCUCUCCCACUCCCCUCCGUUCUCAAGACCUCCUUCUCCCUCAUCGAUGGUCCCCGGAGCUCCGCCGCCGGCAAUCCAGAUGAGAUCGCUAAGCUGUUUCCUCAUUUGUUCGGACAACCGUCUGCGACGUUGGUCCCUAGCGAGACACCGCUUCCGGAUCAGAAGUUGAAGAUCGGCGUGGUCUUGUCCGGAGGUCAGGCUCCCGGAGGCCACAACGUCAUCUCUGGAAUCUUUGAUUACCUGCAAGAGCGCGCAAAAGGAAGCACAUUGUAUGGUUUCAGGGGUGGUCCUGCUGGCAUCAUGAAAUGCAAAUACGUUGAACUCAACUCGGACUAUAUUUAUCCUUAUAGAAAUCAGGGUGGCUUUGACAUGAUUUGCAGUGGGAGGGACAAGAUUGAAACUCCAGAGCAGUUCAAACAAGCUGAAGAAACAACAAAGAAGCUAGACUUGGAUGGGCUUGUUGUUAUUGGUGGAGAUGACUCAAACACAAAUGCAUGCCUACUUGCUGAGAACUUCAGAAGCAAAAAUCUGAAGACUCGCGUGAUUGGAUGUCCUAAAACUAUUGAUGGUGAUUUAAAGUGCAAAGAAGUUCCUACCAGUUUUGGUUUUGAUACUGCAUGCAAGAUAUACUCUGAAAUGAUUGGAAAUGUUAUGGUAGAUGCCCGAUCAACAGGAAAAUAUUACCAUUUUGUGCGGCUUAUGGGGCGUGCAGCUUCACACAUUACACUGGAAUGUGCUUUACAAACCCACCCAAACAUUACUAUUAUUGGAGAAGAGGUUGCUGCCAAGAAGUUGACACUGAAAAAUGUCACAGACUAUAUUGUAGAUGUUAUUUGUAAAAGAGCUGCAGUUAAUUACAAUUAUGGGGUCAUUCUUAUCCCUGAAGGUUUAAUUGAUUUCAUUCCUGAGGUCCAGCAACUUAUUGCAGAACUAAAUGAAAUUCUGGCCCAUGAUAUUGUGGAUGAGGGUGGAUUAUGGAAGAAGAAACUCACUGAUCAGUCACUGAAGCUUUUUGAAUUCUUACCUCAAGCAAUUCAAGAGCAAUUGAUGCUUGAAAGGGAUCCACAUGGAAAUGUUCAGGUUGCCAAGAUAGAAACAGAGAAAAUGCUUAUUCAAAUGGCUGAAACUGAGUUGGAGAAGAGAAAGCAAGAGGGAAAAUAUAGAGGCGAAUUUAGAGGGCAAUCUCACUUUUUCGGUUACGAAGGGAGAUGUGGAUUGCCAACUAAUUUUGAUGCUACUUAUUGCUAUGCUCUUGGUUAUGGUGCUGGAGCCCUCCUUCACAGUGGGAAGACUGGAUUAAUAUCAUCAGUUAGGAAUCUCUGUGCACCAGUUGAAGACUGGAUUGUUGGUGGAACUGCACUCACCUCACUGAUGGACGUAGAGAGAAGACAUGGUAAGUUCAAGCCCGUGAUCAAGAAGGCAAUGGUAGAGCUUCAAGGGGCACCCUUCAAAAAGUUUGCCUCCUUGAGGGAUGAGUGGGCCCUAAAAAAUUGCUACGUCAGUCCAGGUCCAAUUCAAUUCUCUGGUCCGGGAUCUGAUGCAGUUAGUCACACCCUUCGUUUGGAGCUUGAAUCACAAGCUUGAGCUACUUUUCCGUAAGGACAUUGUUUUGAGAUUGGCGAUUCAUUUGGGAUUUUAGGGCCUUGAAGUAUAUUUAUUUGAUCUGUGACUUGCUAGGUUUUUGUAAUAACGUUUGGACUAUAGCAGUUGAAUGUUAAAUUCUUAUGCUGCCAUUCAGCAUCGGCAAGUUAUGUUCAUGAUUAUAAUUGAAUAAAUGUUUGACUUCCGAGUUGGUUGA